UUUCGGCGGACCUGAUUUAGAGGGUCCGAGUGAUCCUGAUGACUUGUAUUUUAUGAAGGUGUCAGGCGAACUCUGUCAGCAAGAGGUAGCGUCGCAGAUGCCGGUGCAUCUGGGUAUAUUGGCUCUGCAGAGCAUGAUCACAUCGUCAAGGAAUUAUAAUUUGUCCCAUCAUCAAGACCAACAUCAACGUCACGAUGUUGAUACGCAACAACGUAGAAGUGAACACGGGCAUUCCGCUAACUACAAAGAGACGAAGAAGGUUUUUCGUCGUCUACGCGCAUUAGAGACGUGCAGUGCACCGGGAAGCAAGACUUGCCAGCUGCUGGAUACCCUCGCAAAUGAUGUUCGGCAUCAGUCUGAUUUUUUGCUAGUAGCGAACGAUGUGGAUCGCUCUCGGUGCGAGCAAGUGUGGCACCGUUGCGCGCAGUUGCAUCCGGAGUUAGUGAAGAACCUUGUUGUCACCUGCGCGGAUGCUGCGAGCUCAGAUUUUUCUAGGUUCACUUCCUAUGAAAAGAAACUUCAAAAUGCUGAUGCUUCCGCACCUGUGCCUGACUGCAGGCCUGAGAAAGAAGAGGUGAAGGGCCGUGACCAGGGUCGCAGUUUUGACCACGAGGAGCACCCUACGCGAGGUACUCGUUCUGGAGCAUUGUUCGACUUGAUUUUGUGCGACGUGCCGUGUAGCGGGGAUGGAACAAUCCGGAAGAAUCCCAAAAAAUUGCAUGCUUGGACGUCGCGCCACGCCAAGACGAACAAGCCACUGCAGAAGAGCAUCUUGCGGAACGCGCUGACGCAUCUGGCCCCAGGUGGUGUGCUUGUGUACUCGACCUGUUCCUUGAACCCCAUCGAAAAUGACCAAGUCGUCUUGGAGGUGCUUGCAGAAGUUAAGGCUUGUCAUAGAUCAUCUUUCAUCUGAUUAUUGAGCAGAAUUGUUAUCGUAUCAAUCCGAAACCGAAAUAUUUAGUAGCAUACCAGAAACACCCUAGGCUUUCAUCUUGUGCAUGCAUAUCUGUUUGAUCUUUUCACAUUUAGGAAGGGAAGGAAAAACGCCAAGGAUGACUGUCAAGAUGAAUGUAGGCAAGCGCUAAAGAAGCGAAUGGGAUGCAAGAGGAGCUUGAGAAAAGUGGACUCCUAGACCUUUUCGGAGAGCCCUUGCCGUAUCCCGAUAAGCUUCUAGACGCGUUCAGUGACGCACCAGCGUGGGAGUUUUCGCUUUUGCGGGAGGCACGGGACGAAGGAGGAGGCGAAAAACAUGCAAACCUGGAGGGAGCCAGAUGUUCCAUGGUUGCGGGAACAGGUGAACCACACCUGUCCUUGGGGUCUUCUGCCGCGCGAUCGCCGGAUGUUGAGUCGUUUAACAGCAGAGCGAAGGCGGAAGAGGACAGUUGUACAGCCUCUUCUUCAUCCUGUGAUAUCAUGUUCGCGACCCCGGGACGUGCUGGCUUCGCAAUUCUGCCUGGAGAAGAGAGCGGUGGAUUUUUCAUCGCCACCAUCGUUCGUCGAAGAGAUAUGCAACCCGAAGAGGUGGCGGAUGUCAAACCUAUACAGCAUCAGACUGAGACAACAUACCGGACUCGGAAAGUAACUUUAAAGCAGGGCGAUGCUGCAAAAAUUGAGUGCUGUAUGCCGAGCAGCGAUUGCAAUGAUGCUGAGAGGCACAGGACUUUUCAUAUGGAUGAAGUGAUGCACCAGAGGAACCACACCAGGAACAAAGAUGAUGGGGUAGUACGAGCGACGCGCUUUCUCCGACGGAACUUGAGCCCUGUGGCUUCCACGCUGGUAGCGGUUUCAAAUUGCGUUUGGGAAUUCCUUGUUGCCGUCUCCUCAUUCGGGGGUUCGAGUCCUGUAUUUUCCAAAAGCAAGUCUUGCUUAUCGAUCGUGGGGUUCGGUGUGCCGGUGGGCUUCCUUCGUACCACGCACCGCCAAACAGAGGGACGGCGUGUCGUGUUCAGCCAAGAGGGUGCGGCUUUGCUUUACCACUAUCUGAUGAAAAAGCAGCCUAUUUGGGAUCAUUCUGCUGCCGAAAAUGGUGUACACCAGAAACCGCUUUUGUAUAGCAUGGAAGCAAAAACCUUUCUUACGGCCUACAAAAUUUUAGGCUGGUCCUGCUUAGAGUUUUCGCUUGACGAUGUUUCUGCAAUAGACACCAGCGAAGACCGUAGUUCGCACCCUUGUAGCCAAAACCAUAGAAUUUCUCCUGUCUGCUGCUUCUCCUCCUGUAGUGGAGCGGCCGAAGAGAGGGGUAGUAGAACUCAACAAAGGCCGCGUGCGGAGGAAACAAGUCAAACACUUUUCAAAGACGAAGAAGAAAGUGCAGUUGCGCGUCCGAUUUUGAUUCGUGUAGAGGACUUCGUACUUUCCUGUCAGCUACUUGGAGAUCGCUCUAUCGUUCCAGUGGGCCGUCCGCAGCUGUUGCAUCGCAUGGCACAACUCUUGGAAAAACAAAGACUGCUCAAGGUCAAGCAAUCAACUGAGCAAAAGAUGACAGCAUAAGCACUUUCUGCAGUGGUCGUCUUCGGAGAUAUAAACUCACGCUAGCAGUGAGAGGACGUGAAUACCUACUAAAUGUUGACACA